AUGGUUCAGUUGAUCGAUGAUGGAAUACUCGCUCUAUUGAAUAAACUUGAGGAGUUCAUCUUCUCCGUUGAACUCCUUUCCCUCCUCCUCCUUGUCCUUUUCCUUGGGGACCUUGUUUUGUUAUUCUUUCGGAGUGUAGACUCAUCCACUCCUAGUCAUUCCUCCGAUCCUGGUAAUGAUGGUAAAUAUGCAAUUGUCACUGAUACAUGGCAGAAGUUCAGUGAUGUUUUCGUGGAGCCUGAUGUAAUGCAAUUUCUUGCCAACUUUGCUGAUGAGUUUCUGGUUCAUGGUGUUGAUGUUGAAGGGAAGAAGCUGGGAAUUGAUGAAGAGCUUGUGGCUUUGCUUGGCAAACAUUCACCGAUUCCUGUUACUUAUGCUGGUGGUGUGACUGGAAUGGCUGAUCUAGAGAGGAUAAAAACUGCCGGAAUGGGGCGUGUGGAUGUUACUGUGGGCAGUGCCUUGGAUAUUUUUGGGGGAAACUUAGCUUAUGAAGAGGUUGUAGCUUGGCAUACCCAGCAAAAGGCCUCUGUAGGUUAAUUAGUAUGAUUUAGACUUGUUGGGGGCAGGAACUGGUGAGCAAGGAUCUGUUUUUGGUGUUUCUCUAGGUGUUUAACUGUGUAUCAGGAGAGUUUUUGUAACAACUUUUUAUUUAUUUUUUUAUUUUUUAUGAUUUCAGCAUUUACCUUCACUCACUAGUGUGAUUUUGACAUGAUUAUUAUCUACCACUAUACUUAUAUUUCUUAUUUUAA